GAAACAUUUCAGACUACACUACAGUAUAUCAGAGACUUUUUUCAGGAAUGUCGCCAGAUACCUAUAUUUCAUUCACUGAAGGUGAAUACGAAGCUGGUACCUGUUCAUUUUCAGGCAUCCCUCUGGGAACUUUAGUGAGAGGGGAACAGGCGCAUCUGGGCAGCUGCAGGCAGCGAAGUGGAUGAAUAAUAUCAGGGCUCCUCCUGUUCUCCUCCUCUCCUCGACUCAGCUCUGGUAUAAGUCCCACCAUGGCCAUUUCCCAGUUCCGUCUUUUUAAGAUUUGCACAUGUCUGGUGUGGGUCCUCUCGUUCUUCAAAAGAAUCAUAUGCAGGUCGGGGAGAUUUCGGAAACUAAGUGGCGACCAGAUUACUUUACCAAUGACGGUGGACCUUGCCACUGUACCAAAACAGGAUCUUUCAUCUGUACCAAAAAAGCUGGAGGUUGAGGAUUGGAGCUCGUGGGACGAGGAGGGCCCCACUAGCAUCCGGAUUGAGGGAGGCAACGGCAACGUGACCCCUCAGCCAACCAGCGCAGAGGAAGAAGAGCCAGACUACUUCAAGGACAUGGCCCCCACCAUCACAAAAACACAAAAAAUUGUGCUGAAGAAAAGGGAACCACCAAACUUCACAGCCCCGGACGGAAGCACAGGCUUCUCCAGCCGGCUUGGCAUUUUCGACACGUCUUUCUACCCGUUGCAGGGGCAGCUGGGUGAGCUGGACAACUGGCAGGAGGACCACCUUGGUGCCUGGGAUGAGGACUCAGAUGCCGCCUUAGAGGCUGCAGAGGUGCUGAGGGUGCAGAAGCAGGCUGAGAGGAUGAAGCGGGCGAUGGAGCAGCAAAGGAAGAAGGUGGAGAAGGAGGCCCAGAGACAGAUGAAGAAAGAGCAGAAGAUAGCUAUCAAGCUCUCCUAACUUUCAAGUGGAAGCUGCGCACGCCAGAGAAAAUUCCGGAGAAGAUGCCAGACUCCUGAGUGUCCAAUCAAAGUCCACUUUGUAUGGUUCCUCGACGUGUUUUUACUUGGAAUCACCCAUAUUCCCAUGACUACUUGGCCUGUGGUAACUUCAUUAUUAAUGUUAUUGUAUCUUCAGUUGUUUUUUUUAACAAUUCACAUAAAUAGAGGAAGAUACCAGGCAACUUGUCAGAGUUGUAAAUAUUCUACGUGAAAGUGGAAAUUUGGCAAAAACGUUUUAUAUUUAUGAAAAGGGACAAAAAGUUUCAUGUGUGAGGUGACGGUUUUUUGAUUCUCACUGAACUGCAACACUUUUCUUUGGAUUCUGCGCGCAUGAAACGCGUCCAGCGCUGGUCAUACGCAGCAGCUCUUUCUCACUGGAAUUGCAAAUUGAAAUGACCUGAAGCUCCUAUUCAGUUGUGUAACAGCCAUACUCGACUGGACAGCUGUGCGGAUCGGUGUCUGUGAUCAUGAUUUUUGAUUUUUUUAAUGCUUUCUUUUGUCCCCAAUUCAUAUUUUUAUUCGUUUUUAAAUAAGACUCCUUAACACUGAUGAAUUUGUUUUAGCUUUGAGUUCUUCUACAGAGAAGGACUUGUGGAAGCAACUGAAGCCCUGCAGCAAAAUGUCAGUUUUCACUUUUUCACCCCCGUGACCCUCAAGGUGCUGAAAUACUGGGGACGGUUUCACUGAAAUUAACGUGAUGUCAAAGCGACACUGAGGGGUAUGUUAUGUUUGUGGUGUCUCAAUGUUCGCUUAUGUGUCCAGUAAAGGGAACACAGUCCAUUGAAACAGAGCAACAACACUGACAAGACCAGGGAUCUAAGAAGCAUGUACAGUUGUCAUGGAAACAUUGAGUGAUUCUGGUUGGAGCUGAAUAAUUUUUUUUUUUUUUUAUUAAAUCAGAGAAGUGUCUGAAUGAUA